AUGCCUCACCGAAUCUUUGGAGGAAACACUUCCCAACUUCACAACCACGCGCACCAUCUAUGUCAUUUUGCACUCGACGUCUUCCACUCCUCUACGCGGGAUCAUCUAACCGACAACCGUGCCAUACGUCUUUACCUCCGAGCAGGAGUACCGAGCCUCCACAGCAUGCCAGCCUACUUUGCAGACACGACAGAGAUGCAGGCCGAGGUCUUCCACCUGCAGUGUAAACUUGUCGACGGCAGCGGCUCCACAAGCUCGCCACGGAAAUCCAAAGCUGUCUCCCAGCGACCGUUUGACAUCCUUCCACAAUUCGUUUGGUCGCGCUUCGGCCUACCCGCAUCGCUUGCUGCUACUGCUGCUGCUGCUCAACCCCCGAAACGGGAGUCGACACCUCCCCGCCUCGGACGGAAAGAUGCUUUUGUUCGCCCAUACAAGCUCUUUGCUGCGUUACAUGCUCAACGGGUGUCCAAACUUGCUGGAGCUCAUGUUUGA